GUAGCUGUGUGGUCACAGAAACGGGCCUUGGGCUGAUAGCAGAAGGUGGCUUGUGGUGGCCCUUAGUUCCUGCCGAAGUUCAUGGCGCUGUCUUGUUGGGCCAGCCCUUGAGCAAUCGCUGUGUCCGGCACGGAUGAGCUUUACCCCGUAUUGUGCCAGGGAAGGGAAGUUGUUAACCACAGUCUUCAUCCCAGAGCUUUGGUUGAUCUCACAGGGCAGGUCUACACUAAAAACACUGCAUCAGCACGGCUGCAGAUGCUCCAAGGCCUCAGGUCUGGAAAACUUGGGGAGCAAUGUGAAGCUGUUGUCCGUUUUCCCAGGCUCUUUCAGAAAUAUCCAUUCCCCAUUCUCAUUAAUUCUGCAUUCUUAAAACUGGCUGACGUUUUCAGAGUUGGAAACAACUUCUUGAGGCUGUGUGUCCUGAAAGUUACUCAGCAGAGUGAAAAGCACUUAGAGAAGAUCCUGAAUGUGGAUGAGUUUGUGAAAAGAGUUUUCUCUGUAAUUCAUAGCAAUGAUCCAGUUGCCCGAGCAAUCACACUGAGGAUGUUGGGGAGUAUGGCAUCCAUAAUCCCAGAAAGGAAGAAUGCACAUCACAGUAUUCGCCAGAGCCUGGAUUCCCAUGAUAAUGUUGAGGUCGAAGCUGCUAUAUUUGCUGCUGCUAACUUUUCUGCACAGUCAAAGGAUUUUGCUGGAGGAAUCUGUAACAAAAUCAGUGAAAUGAUUCAGGGCUUAGCCACGCCAGUGGACUUGAAGCUGAAGUUGAUCCCCAUACUACAGCACAUGCACCAUGAUGCCAGCCUGGCCUCUAGCUCCCGUCAGCUUCUCCAGCAGCUGGUAACAUCCUAUCCUUCCACCAAGAUGGUCAUUGUUACUCUCCACACCUUUACCUUGCUUGCUGCUUCUUCUUUGGUGGACAUACCCAAACAGAUUCAGCUUUUGCUGCAAUACUUGAAAAAUGACCCAAGGAAAGCUGUGAAAAGACUUGCUAUCCAAGAUCUAAAGUUGUUGGCAAACAAAACCCCACAUACAUGGAGCAGAGAAAACAUUCAGGCACUCUGUGAAUGUGCUCUUCAAACUCCUUAUGACAGCUUGAAACUAGGCAUGCUAUCUGUCCUUUCCACGCUGUCAGGAACUAUUGCCAUCAAACAGUACUUCAGCGUAGCUCCAGGAACAACAGCUACAACAGCAAGAUCAUUUGACUUAGUAAAGCUGGCACAGGAAUGCUGUUACCAUAAUAACCGUGGCAUUGCUGCUCAUGGUGUGAGAGUUCUGACUAAUAUAUCUGCUUCUUGCCAAGAAAAAGAUCUCCUGGCUUUGGAGCAAGAUGCUGUCUUUGGCCUCGAGUCUCUCUUAGUUCUUUGUAGCCAAGAUAACAGUCCAGGUGCUCAGGCAACCUUAAAGAUUGCACUAACUUGUAUGGUGAAGCUGGCCAAGUGUCGUCCCCAUCUGAGCCAAUCGGUGGUUGAGUCCUUGCUGACACAGUUGCACAGUGCUCAGGAUGCUGCUAGAAUUCUCAUGUGCCACUGUUUAGCAGCAAUUGCCAUGCAGCUGCCUGUUUUAGGUGAUGGCAUGCUGGGAGACUUAAUGGACCUCUAUAAAGUGAUUGGACGAUCUGCUACAGAUAAACAACAGGAACUUUUGGUAUCCCUCGCCACAGUGAUAUUUGUUGCCAGUCAAAAAGCUUUAUCUUCUGAAGUUAAAAAUGUUAUCAAACAACAGCUUGAGAAUGUCUCCAAUGGAUGGACAGCAUACAGGAUAGCCAGGCAGGCCUCCAGAAUGGGUAAUCAUGACAUGGCCAGAGAGCUGUAUCAAAGCCUGCUGACUCAAGUGGCUUCAGAACACUUCUACUUCUGGCUGAACAGUUUGAAGGAGUUUUCCCAUGCAGAGCAGUGUCUGACGGGGCUUCAAGAAGAAGAUUAUAGUUCAGCACUCUCUUGCAUUGCUGAAUCUUUAAAAUCUUAUCACAAAGGGAUAGCAUCGCUAACGGCUGCCAGCACACCACUUAACCCUCUGAGCUUUCAAUGUGGGUUUGUCAAGCUCAGGAUUGACCUUCUGCAGGCUUUCUCUCAACUCAUCUGCACCUGUAACAGCCUAAAAACUAGUCCACCACCUGCCAUUGCCACAACAAUUGCAAUGACAUCAGGAAAUGACCUCCAGAGAUGUGGGCGCAUCUCUACCCAGAUGAAACUCUCCAUGGAAGAAUUCCGUAACCUGGCUACACGAUAUGGGGAUCUGUAUCAGUCAUCUUUCGAUGCAGACUCGGCAACUUUAAGGAAUGUAGAAUUACAACAGCAGAGCUGCCUAUUGAUUUCACAUGCAAUUGAAGCCCUGAUUUUGGAUCCAGAAUCUGCAAGUUUCCAGGAGUACACCUCGAGUGGAGCAGCACAUGUUGAGAGUGAAUAUGAAAGAAGAAUGAUGUCUGUAUUUAAUCAUGUGUUGGAGGAAGUGGAAUCAUUGAACAGGAAAUAUGCUCCUGUGUCUUACUUGCACACAGCUUGCCUAUGCAAUGCAGUUAUCGCCUUGUUGAAAGUUCCCCUUUCAUUUCAAAGGUAUUUCUUUCAGAAAUUGCAAUCUACAAGUAUUAAGCUCGCUCUGUCACCAUCUCCACGGAACCCUGCAGAGCCCAUUGCUGUACAAAACAAUCAACAGCUGGCUUUAAAGGUGGAGGGAGUGGUUCAGCAUGGCUCCAAACCAGGUCUCUUCCGCAAAAUUCAGUCUGUCUGUCUAAACGUAUCUUCAACACUGCAGAGCAAAUCUGGACAGGACUACAAGAUCCCCAUUGACAACAUGACCAAUGAGAUGGAGCAGAGGGUGGAACCACACAACGAUUACUUCAGCACUCAGUUUCUGUUGAACUUGGCGAUCCUUGGAACCCAUAACAUCACAGUAGAGUCCUCUGUAAAAGACUUAAAUGGUAUUGUUUGGAAGACUGGGCCCAAAACCACCAUUUUUGUUAAAUCUCUUGAGGAUCCCUACUCCCAACAGGUUCGCCUUCAACAACAGCAAGGACAGCCACCGUCGCAGCAACAACAGCAGCAGCAAAGAACAGCAUACUCGCGUUUUUAGUCCCCAAAAGUGCCAUUAAUUUUCAUGGGUCUAGCCUACAGGCAUCUCACUUUGCUUGGAUACGAUGUCUUUUGGAGACAUUUAAAUGCUUUGGCAGUCCCACAAGUUUCCUUCUCUGUGUUCUUAGUGCCAUUAUUGUUGCACUUAAACUAGUCAUAUGGACCACACUGAGGCUAUGUCCAUGAUACAAGCUAUAAGGUUAUGAUUCCCAUCUUGUAUACACACAUUCAUGCUAACUUGAUGAGAGCUAGCAUGAGAGUAAAUAGUAGUGUAGCCAUGGUAGCAUGGUUUAACCAUACCAAGUACAAACCCGCCUGAACGCCAUGGGUGUGUAUUCAGGAUGGCUUAGCCAUCCUGCCAGUGCCCACACUACUAUGGCUACACUGCUAUUUAUACUCAUGCUGCACUUAUCACUGCAAAUAUGUCUACACAAGCUGGGAAUCACAUCCUUUGGUCGUGUAGACAGCCUGAGUCCUGGUGUAAAUGGGUACAACUUGGGUUAAGUCUGGAGUUCCAUUUUUUAUACUAAGUCUACAAUUUGUCCCCCCAGCUGUAUAUUCUCCAAGACCAAUGGCAGCAGUGCUCUAUGAAAUUAGCCAGUAUGGGAGACUGUGAGAGUUGUGUGGAUAGAACCUUCCUUGGUAACCUAGCAUAUCAACUGUGCUAUGUAUUUGACCGCCAUUUCCUGAGGAGCAUGCGUUCUGGUGUUUGGGCUCUCAGGCCACCUGCUAACAACCUGGACAAUUCAAUACAAUACAAAACAUAAGUGUUACACAAGGUGGGUAUCUCGUAAUGUGAAGCUGUUGGCAGGAAUGUCCGGACAUCAUAUUGGAUGGUUAUAGUAGUAAUUUUAGUAUUUGUGAAGCUGAAAAAUAUUUUGGUAGCAUUCCAGCCAAUAGCAUUGUAUUUAAUGUGCACACAGAGCUGUCUUUGCUCAUUCUCUUGCCUCUGUAUGUACUUGUCCUGAAGGGAUGCCAACUGGAGAACAGAUAAAUUACUUUUAAAAGGGAAGUGAAGUUUCAGUGGUGGGAACAGAUAUGAUAGGUUGUGCCUCCUCAAAGAGGAGGAUAGAAAUGGCUUUUUUGUUUCAUCUUUAUCUGCCUUUGCAAGGCUUUGUUUACUUAAUUUUUUUUUUUGAAAAGAGGAAACGUUAAUUUGUAAAUCUGUUUAAUGUUUAACGUUUUAAGUAGGGGACUGUUAAAUGCCAAAGCUCUGGUGCUCAGUCAGUAUGAUCUUUUACCAUGUUAGUCAUUUUAACAGAGAUUUCUUGAAGCAUUUUGCCAUAAAUAGCACUACUAGAAGUCUAAUUAUACCACCUGCUCACAAAUAGUUUUCAUUCCUCCUUUGAAAUGUGAAACCUUGAAGGCUGUGGAAGGACUAAAAUCCACUAAUGCCUGCAUCCCCAGAAAAUAAUCAUGUGGCAUAUGCCUAAUCUAUCCCUCUUGGGAAAUCCCUGCUUAAUGCUCCAAAGGCAGGUUGGACCCUGCCAGUGUGCUGGGGAAAAGCUUCUUUUGGACUUUGCAGCCACUUUAAUUUCUAUGCAUGGGAGCAGGAAUUAAUUUGUGAAUUUCUAAUAUGCCCAUUACGCUGGCAUUUAGGUUCCAUCAGCUCGAUGCUGUAUGUGAACCUCACUCAUUUAAAAAAAAAAAAAACUUUAAUCUGUUAGCUAUAACAUGGCAUCUCUAAUAGGAGGUUGAAUGCAGUUGUUUUUUUUUAAUUUCAAUAUCAGUCUGUUCAGAUGGGCUUUACUCUAGAAGCUGGCAAGAGCCUCUGACCUUACUUUUUGUACAUAUAGAAUGUCCUGUUUUUCAACAUUCACCUGCUCAGCAUAGCUGGAUGAUGUGUAGAGAUCUAUUACCUCUUUUCCUUCUUAGGCAAUAGCCUACUUUGCCUCCUCUUGACUUGUGACUCUCAAAGAAGGAAAUUGGAAGCAAGCAUGGGUGGGCUUCAUCAACUUUGGGUAUUAAUUCCUGAGUGUUUUGAAAGAAAUAAGGGGGAUACAAGACACAAAUAGGAGGAGUGUCACAAAAUAAAAUCUCUUCUCUCUCCCCCCCCGCCUCCCAAAAAAUUUGAAAUUAGAAAACCUAACAGGAAAUCUGCCUUUUGCUUAUGGAUUCUACUAGUAGCUCAUUCAGUGGGGAGUGGCUAACAGGUUGAGACCUGAUCUAGGCUUAACAUUUAAGUCAGUACACCUGUAUCACUUGAGGUGUGAAAAAUCUAUCCCUCUAACUGUUGUUGCUAUUCUGUCCUAACACCUGGUAUAGAUGCUGGUAGGUCUUAACUACUGCCAUUCUGGGAGGUGGUGUUCCUACACUGACAAUAAAAACCCCUUCUAUCGGUGUAGGCUGUGUCUACACUGUGGAGUUAUGCCAGCACUAUUGCUAUGCCAGUAUAGUUCCCGUAGUGUAGACAUAUCCUAGGUGAAAAGGAAAUGGAUUUUCUUGAUGUGCACAGUGGUACAUGACAUAGCAUGACAUUAUAAAUAUUAGCCUGGUUAUUGAAAGAACAUAUGAGUGGAGAAAUGAGGCAGAGGGCAGAUGGCCUGGAAAGCUGGUACUGUCUUUAAAGGUGAUACCUAGGUAUAUACAUGGUCUCACUGUAAUAGCCAAGCUCCUCACAAACAUUAAUUUAUUCUCAGGACAUGCCUGUGGGGUGAAGUAUUCCACCCAUUUUACAAAUGGAGAACUGAUGGCUGGAGAGAGAAAUGACUCAGCUGUGGUCACAUGAGAAGUCUGUGGCAGAGUUGGGAACUGAACUCUGAUAUCCCAGUCCAGUGCUUUAACCACAAGACCAUCCUUCUUAAUAGCUGUAAACUCCAUAUUAGAUUCAUUUAUGGAACAGAGAGAGAGACUAGGGGCUUGCUGCAUCCACUCCAUGCAUGGAGUUGGUAUUUGCCAUGCCUCCAGGAAUAGGGGGGUGACCAUCCUUAUAGGGAAAAUAACAGAAGAAAAGGUAAAAGGUUAAACUAUUCAGCUCCCACUCUAGGGAAUGAAUAUUGGUUCUUACCCUGUUAUAAAUUGACAUAAUAUAUGGAUGAAAAUGCGUUGACUGCAACUUUACAAGACAACCGAGAACUGAAAGGAAAUCGUGACAGUAGGACUGUAGAUCUUUCUUAAUUUGGAAUUAAUAAAUGACAGGAAAGUUGGUUUGUCAAAAUGUUUUUCCCAUGAUAAAACUAAACGAGAGUAGGCUAGGGAAACUCGCCCAAUGCCAACACUGACCCAAUUAUUUUCAUAGCAAAAAAAAAAGCCUAUGUUCCUCAAAGACAAGCUUGUUGAUCUGAUCCUACAAUCCCUUAGAACUCCAAGCACUCUGGUUUUGACUCCAAGCAAUGAGACUGAAAGUGAAGUUUUGUCUCUGACCUCAGUUUUGUUGUAAAUGGCUCAGAAUGGCAGUUUCACUCUGUGCUGUGUUUCAGGAAGAGCAUGUACAUGAUUAGCCACAUGCAUUCUUCCCAAUGUGCCAUGUGGCACACAGGUGGCUAAGGGGAGCCAGAACGGGGGAAUUUAACAAAGCAGCAGUCAAGGCAGGCGGCAAGUCCUCUCAUUUGUCUAUGGUGUCUGAUGCCAUACUGAUGAGAGCAGUAUGGUUACAAGAAAACGGGAUGCCAAUUUCCAUUUUCAGCCUGGGGUGAUGUCAGUGCAGCAAGGACAACAAAAUAUAGGCCAACAGCUCAUCCAGCAGUGAGCAAGUUCAGUUUUGCUUGCUCAGAUCAACCAACUCUAGGGAUUUUCAACAUCUGCGUACAUUGUUCAUAAGUUACAAGAAGAGCAGGUGGAAGUUACUGUACUCCUUAAACCUCAAAACCUGCUCCAUGUUAAACACAUUUUUUUUCUUUGCAGGUCACUAGUUUUACAGAUUUUGUACUCAAGGGAGGGCUUUUGUUUUUGUCCUUGUGGGGGAGAGAUGGGGGAAAGAACCAGCUGAACACUAUAAGUGGAUUUGCACAACAAACAGCCAUUCUAUACAAGUACCUGCAUUUCUUUCUGACACGCUGAAGGAGUCUUUCACACUGAUUACUCAACAUCUGCACAUGUGAAGAUUAAGAGAUUUUUAGAUAUAGACUAAGGCAUAUAAAUUAGUCGAUUUAAUAGUCCUUUGUAUUUCUGUAAGUCUGUAAUAUACAAUUAUACUUGAUACUUCAUAAUAAUUAGAUACAUAGUUUGAACCCUCAUCGAAGGUGGUAUUUACCCAAAGGAACGAAUAUGAUUUGAGUGAAUAGUAUUGUGUGUUAAGAAAAUAAGCACAAGUUAGAUUUUAUAUAUAUGUAGUUAAAGUUGCAGCUUAAAGGAGACCCACAAAUAGAUUACUAACAAUUACAGCAGUUUUAGAAUUAUAUGCUGAAUGCCCAAAAGAUUAAUAUAGUAACUCCUCAUUUAACGUUAUAGUUAUGUUCCUGAAAAAUGCGACUUUAAGUGAAAUGAUGUUAAGUGAAUCCAAUUUUCCCAUAAGAAUUAAUGUAAA